CGAGAUAAACAACCCCCUUGCAAUCGGCGGACCUCCCUACGUAGACAAACCAUGGUAUAUUCCCCACUCUGACUUGCUCUAUCCAACGGCCUGGAACCGCUCUUGCCUCUCGCUUCACCGCCCAGCAAGUAUGGGCUUUGGGUUCUUCAAGUCGAAGAAGGACGCCACCGGCGGUGGCAACAGGAGCAGCAGCAGCAGCAGCAACCGCCGGACCCGCUCACCAUCCCCACUGAGUUUUUCCACUCCGGCUACCAGAGGAGGGUUUGGACAUAAAUACCCCGCAGCUCCCGGGUCGCCCGUCGACUCGGCCUUCUCCUCGACCGGCUCGUCAUCCUCAAAGUCGAAUUCGUCGACGGGCUAUAGGACCCUGGAUCCUAAGGCGGAUUACUUUGACCUGGCUGGCGUCGGUGCCGCGUUGCCUGGUGGGGAGGGUGGGAGGGGUGUAAGCGGUCUGUCGAAAGCAACGACACUGGAUGCGCCGUCGUUUCUGGACGACCUGGUCUUUGAUUUUGACGGGCGGAGUGGGGUGAAAGACAAGAAGAGUCCACACACGACUCGGGAAGUGUCGUCCUCAGGCAGACAAAGGGAUUUGGAACCGGUGGUGGAGGGAAAUGAGGGAAGAUCUCGUGGCGAGCCGCCCGCCAGGCGACGGUACUCGUUCGAGAAAGGAGACGAUCUGACUGUUACUGCCCUGGCUGACCGGGCAGUGACCACCCCGGAAGCUAUCAGAUCGACACGGUCAGAACCAGAGCGCCCGUCCUCUGGGUCAUCAGUAACAACGAAAACGAAAGGCCUCAAAUCGAAAGCUGCUGAUCUGCUCAAGAUGAACACGAACCAAAAUGCUCUCUCAUCACACACCGUCCCAACAUCAACAACUCCACAAACUAGCAAAAGCUCCGUCACAGCACCGAAACGUCGAAAGAGCCGGCGAGAUGCAGCGCGGGCGCCUUCGCAGUCCCGCAAUCGUUACCAAAACGCCCAUCAAUCCAGCGGAACAGAAUCCGACUCUGAUGACGACGUUGCGUUAGUCCGCCAUGUCGUUUCCAACCCUAAUAUGUCCGCUGCAUUCUCACGGGCAAAUCUUAACGCACCGGCUGCACCACCCCAGCGACUCCGGCCUCAAGCGUCCUCGCCCAAUCUACGAGGCAUGGUGCAGCCGUACAACUCCUCGUCAUCGUCAUCAUCCCACGACCGCCACCCAUCCACAUCCACAAUCUCUCAGUCGUCGUCAACGGCCUCGCCACCGGGCUCCCCGCGGCUAGCACCCUCUGCGUCGAACCGGUCCCUGUCAAGGACGGGCAAACACCCACUAUCCCGCUCAUCGUCGCGGCGCACCAACGCAUCGACAAGCGACGAAUCGGAUGAUGAGGAGGCCCCGCUCUCGAGCGUACGACACCAAGCGAUCUCGGAUGCCCAACAGCGGGGCAGGCGACGACGCGGAGGUGCGGCCGCGACGCCCGCGAUUGUUACAGCCGGGACGGGCAGGGUUUCCACAGACUCGCAGUUUUCCGCACGGUCCAAUGCGUCUUCUGCGACUUUGGCCGGCGCGUCGCCACGACGGAAGAACGGAGACCCAGGCUUGCCUCCACCGCCAAUGGACAAGGUCAUGCCUGCCCUCACACCUCAUCUGCAACAACACGCGCAUUAUCCAUCACCAUACCCACAACAGCCACCACAACCAACACAGUACUACCCGCAACAGCAGCUCCAACAAAUGCCCGCACAUGCCUCACCCUCAUACACACCCCAGCAACAGGCCAUGGCCGUCGCGCAACAGCAGCAGAUGUGGAACGCGUACUUCCAGCAAGCCGCUGCGAUGCAACAGGCGGUGUUUGUCCAGCAACAGCAGCAGCAGCAGCAGAUGCAUCAGCGGGCUAUGCUGGGGAUCGCGACCGCGGACGGGGGUGCGGGGAAGGAGAGGAGUGGGCGGCGGGGUAGGAAAUGAGAAUGGGACACGUUCGCAUUGGACGCGGCGUUGGAAUGGCGUCGGCGUACGUUGGUUCUCAGACAUAGCUUGGCCCACUGGGGAUAUAGCAUAGGUCAGACUUAACAGACAGACAGGCAGAACCUAUAUUACCUCCCCGCUCCAGCCCCUUCGGGCUUGAGUUCACAUGUGGUUGCUUGAACUCUGGUGAUACGGCGGAUGUAUUCUUUCUGUACAUACUUACAUACAGACUAUUGCACAACUCGACUUUCUUCAAUAUCUGCUACCUCCGUAGGUAUCAUCAGUAAAACAUUUUGAUUCAGAC